AUGGAUCCUUCAAUCGAUCACGCUUCUUCAUCAUCCAAACCAAGAAACACUAAACCCAAAUCCAAACCCUCCAUCACAUCACGUUCCAUCGCUUCCAGAGCCACCAAGAAACAAGAAACUUCCCCUGAAGUUUACGAACACUACUCUGUUUCAUCUCACAUCACACACACCAAGAAGAAACAACAACAAACAGAGCCUAGAUUCUACCCUAGCCCAACCAACACAUUCUACACAGCACCGCUCUACACAGAAGCCAAACAAAGCUUCAGCGACUCCGCAAGCACCCUCGGCGUCGGAGGAAUCGAUCUCGAGAAGAUGGGCGUGUUAACAUACAGAGGAAGCACAGGGAGCGACGAGAGCAGCUCGAGCGGGCUAAGCAACAACGCAGGGAGUUACAAGCCUCACAGAGCCAACAACGACAAAAGAUGGGUCGCGAUUCAAGAAGUUCGUUCUCGGGUCGGGUCGUCUUUGGAGGCUAAAGACUUCAAGCUUGUGAAGCGGCUCGGAGGAGGUGACAUAGGGACUGUUUACUUAGCGGAGUUGAUAGGAACAGGGGAGACUUUUGCAGUGAAGGUUAUGGAGAAGGCGGCGAUUGCGGCGAGGAAGAAGCUUGUGAGGGCGCAGACGGAGAGGGAGAUAUUACAGUCGUUGGAUCAUCCGUUUUUGCCUACUCUGUAUUCGCAUUUCGAAACGGAGAAUCAUUCGUGUUUGGUUAUGGAGUUUUGUCCUGGGGGUGAUUUGCAUUCUCUACGGCAGAAACAGCCUGGAAAGUACUUCCCGGAACAUGCUGCUAGAUUCUACGUUGCUGAAGUGCUUCUAGCUAUGGAAUAUCUACACAUGCUAGGGAUCAUAUACAGAGACCUAAAGCCAGAGAACGUUUUAGUACGCGAAGACGGACACAUAAUGCUAUCAGACUUCGAUCUCUCCCUGAGAUGUUCAGUCUCUCCAACCCUGGUUCGAUUCGCAGCAACCACAACACUCGAAUCCAAACCCUCAAGCUACUGCAUCCAACCAAGCUGCGUAGACAGCCAAAGCUGCAUCGUCCAACCAGACUGCAUCCAACCAGUAUGCUUCACCCCACGUUUCUUGUCCAAAUCCAAAACCAAGAAGAAACUAAACGAGACCGCACGACAAGUCAGACCACUCCCUGAGCUAAUGGCAGAACCAACAAGCGCACGUUCCAUGUCUUUCGUUGGUACACACGAGUACUUAGCGCCGGAGAUUAUCAAAGGAGAAGGACAUGGAAGCGCGGUUGAUUGGUGGACGUUUGGGAUAUUCUUGUACGAGCUUCUGUUUGGUAAGACACCGUUUAGAGGAGAGGGAGGGAAUAAUAGAGCGACGUUGUUUAAUGUGGUUGGACAGCCGUUGAGGUUUCCUGAGCAUCCUAGUGUGAGCUUUGCGGCUAGGGAUUUGAUUAGAGGGUUGCUUGUGAAGGAGCCUCAGCAUAGGUUGGCUUAUAGGAGGGGAGCUACUGAGAUUAAGCAGCAUCCGUUUUUUCAGAGUAUUAACUGGGCUUUGAUUAGAUGUACUAACCCACCUCAGGUUCCACAGCCGGUGAAGAUUGUUGAUAGUGGUCAGAGUCAGGGGCAUGGUUGUAGCCGUAGUCUGGGAGAUGGUAAGCCGCCUACUGUUGUUGAUGUGAAGCCUUCUGGUAAUUAUUUGGAGAUUGAUUUCUUCUGAUUUUUUUUCUGUUUUUUCUCGUUCUUGAUUCUGUGACGGCGUGUGUGUGUGUUAGUCAAGUGUAUAAUGACUUUUUUUUUGCUUUUGGGGGUUUGUGUAGACUUUGGUCAGAUGUGUGUGUUUUUAUCUUACUGGAUGAUUUGAUGACUAUUGUUGUUCUUCACGUUAUGGUGAAGUUGUACAUAUUUGAAACAAGGUUCCUUUAAU